CAUUAGAUACAAGGAGGCAAAAAUGAACGUCUAGUGUCCAAUGCUUUUAUAAUGUAGAAAAUGCCAAUAUCUCAUCACAGAAAGAUAGAUUGAUUUUGGAAAUUAAAGAAAAGGCAACUAGGUGCUUGUGGAAUGUGUUUCAUGUGUACUAUGAAACUUUCUUUGCACGGCUGAUUUUGCAAUGAUGGAAUAUUAGAAAAUUCCGUUAUGGAUAAAUUAAUUGCAUGUUUUAUUCACUCUAGAUUAUAAUUCAAAUCCUGAACAAUGAACUGUGUAUAUUUAAUAAGCCGGAGAAUAGUUAUUAGGGCAGAAUUGGCUAGCACUAUGAUAUGACAACAUAUGAAGAUUUGGACUGUUUCCUAUGUAAAUGUGCUGUACACUAUGUACAGUAUCUAGACCUAUUGAAAGGUGAUGCAAUAAGAACAGGUGGGAAUGACUUGGAUGAACAAGUUAAACUUCAGCAGGCAAUGCUUAGAAGACAAGAACUUCUAGAUAAAAUCAGACAUGAGCAAUUAGUCAAUGAGGAUUACGGACGGCGACCCAGAUCUCACAGUGCUAGACGACGCUACACCCCCUCCCCAUUACCUCCCCCACCCUCCCGACGCUCACUGCCAGACUUCAACCGGAAUCAGUCAUUUAGAGACGACAACAACAACCCUUAUAGAGAUAAAGAUAUGCAACAGGUGAAGCAUAUAAUUGAACACAGAGUCAAAACUCCCCCACAGUACCAUCUACCACCCAUACAGAAUCCCCCGCAGCUACCCGUGGUGGCUAACCCUCAGCCCUACCCCCAACACAUCAUCCAACAAGUUCCUCAACCUGUUGUUCAGAACUUGGUGCCAGAACAAAGACAAAGCAUGUUUAACAAAGGAGAUUGGAUGGAGAUGAUGAUGAUGCAGAACCAUCAGAUGCAUCAGUUAGUGGUCCAACAAAUGAUGUUACGCAGUCUGCCAGGAGGCAGUUUGUCCCAGGCUCCAGUAACAUACUUGUCCGAACCUGCAGUUGUGAGGUCACCUCCCCCUGCUGUCCAUCAUCAUCAUUAUCAGAUGUCCCCGCCCCCUCAGCCCGCUGUUCAUCACUACUCCGCAUUACCUCCCCUUGAGCCGAGAAUUGUCUCCCCAGUGAGGGUUGAUGCUCCUCGGGCUAUAGAGCCUCGGGUUAUAGCUGUCCCGGAACGCCAGCCAACCUUGGUUUCUCCACAGCCAGGAGCCAGGCGAUCGGUAAAGAAAAAAUCUAUUCCUUUCCCAGGCCCUAAAGGCCUGAGAAAGUUCCGUCAUGUUGCUUACGCUGCUUGGUUUAUCUCUGCACUUAAAGCACUUAGAGAAAAGAAUGCAGGAAGCCGACCCAGUAGUGUAUUUUUAUUUGGAAUAAUCUUAAAAGAAAUAGUCGCAGCACUUCACAGAAUAUACCUCAAUCCUAGUGGAAAUAUUUACCCAGUCCUCGCAGAUGCAAUAAACCCUAAGGCCUAUGAUCUGUCAAACCUAGUGAGGGGGAGGACUGGGGAACGGGAGGGACAGACAAUGAUUCAGGAAUUACAGUAUAUAGUGGAGAACCUGAUCUACCACAUCACAGAAAUCAUGCCCAGCACUGGUGUCUUAGGAACUCAUAGAAAAUCAGCUGUGUAUGAACUUAUCAAAAAUGGAAAGAGGUUUCCUGAUGGUUAUUUCUGGCAAGUAGAACUGGACAGAAUCCAGUUUACGGAGAAUGGCAGAACCACAAACAUUGGAGAUCCCGAGGCCUUUAUGUUAAUCAUAGGGAUAUUUAUAUCCAGAAGUCUGAUUACAACGCUACUAAUGAAACCCGUAGAUUACGGUUUGUCCAAUCAGCAGUUGUCCGAUGUUGCUGAGCGUAAUCUCAAGGUCAUCGCUACGACGAUGCUUUACCUUGUGCGACGAGUGUCGGUAUCCAGAGGAAGAGCUAUGAUGAGUAUGCCAGGAGAGAUUGCGAAGUAUCUGUACUCAGAUGAGGAAAUGAGACCAAUUUACAGCAGAAUUGCUAAGUCUUUCAAUUAUGCAGAGGGCCUUUUGAGGGAAUGGGGUCAGGAGUACAUCAAAAGACUCAGGAAUGCACCCACUCUCAAGAACUGAGAGAAAUUAAUUGGAAAAAUAACCCCACAAAUUUCUUUGUGCCACUUCAAGGGAGAUAAUGCAAUAACUCUUAAGAAAAAAGACAACUAAUUUUAUAGAGCUAAUGCAUUUUUCUUUUGCAUAUAUAUUGGGAAAGUGCCAAUUUCGCUUGCACCUACAACAUGAGCAAAAUAUGUUACAGUGCAUGGAUUAAACAACAAACUCGAAAUGCAGUUUCCUUAUUCAGUCUUCUUGCUCCAUUAAUUAGAAAGAAAAAAAAAUAGAAUUGUAUCAGCUGAAAGAGCAGAAAAAUGAAAUUUACAGGCUUCAGUAUGCAUAACAUCAAGGAAGCACAACUUUUGAAAUUGAUAAUUUUAGAGAUUUAUACCAAAAAAAUUACUGUUUUUACUAAUUUAUAUGUGGAUCAACAUAACACACUAUCAAAAUAUGGAAAUUCCUGCAGGAUUCCACAAUGUGUUUAAUAAUUUGAACACGCAUGCACAUACUGAAUUUGUUCACUAGAAAGCUAUUCCAAUAAAUUUUGGGAUAGACUUUCCUCAAGUUUUUAGGGAAUACGUGGCUCUGUAUCAUCAACAUACAUCUUCACAUUUGCAUAUGUACUGGCUAAUGUGACCAAUUCUCUAACACAUAAUUUUUCCUUUGUGUUUUACAAAAAUUGCUUAAAUAUCUGAAGAAAAACCACAUUCACUGUGCAAUUUUUCUUGUAAAAUACUUUAAUAUUUUGCUCAUAGGCAAAAUGGUUGGUUAAUUCUAAAUAACAAAUGCAGAUCAUUUUCCUUAACAUCUUAUUUAGAGUUGAAACAGCUCACAUGGUAAAUAAAAAUUAAAUAAAAAUAUCAAGACUCGGUAGAAACUUAUUGAAAAAGAGUUUUCAGACAUAGUGAAGCAAGAUAAAAGUUGCCAAAAGUUAAAGCAACGUCUUGUAGCUACUUGUUCAUGAUGCAGAAUAAAUAUUUCUGGAAAACUUGGCUUCUGUUGAGUAGUUGGGUGGACUGCCAAAAACAUGGUGACAUCUGAGAAUUGGUAAUUAGACAGUAUCACUGGUAAGAGUAUACAAAUUGGUUACAAAGGAAAAACUGCAUGUGAUUUUUAAUCUUUAAAUAAGUGUUUGUGUAUCUCUUCUAAAAUUCUUUUUAAUUGAUCCUAUAAUGUUCAAUUUUUUUUCACUUCAAACUAAAGCCUGGUCAAGAUUUUCAGAAUAACCAGAAAUAAAAUAUUUUAAAUCGAUUCACUAAUAAAACAUUGGAAUCUUGCCAUAUGUUCUGUGAAUAUUAUACUAACAGGUACCUGCAUGUUAAAUGCAUUUUGUUGGUAUAAAUCGCUAAUGUAAUAGUAUAAAUUGCCAAUGUAAUAGUUUUUGUUUUGUAACUAUUUAAUAUUUUGUCAUUUAUUUUGUUAACCUCAUGUCAUUUAAUUUGAAUUAUGUACCAAAGCAUCUGUGAUAAGUUUGUGUUUUCUU